GGAUCGGAGGUCCCCGUGAGGGGGGAUUCCGGCAGCCCCCCAUGAUGUGGGUCCCCGCAGGGUGGGGGUCAGCGCCGAGGCAGCCCCUCGCCAGCGACUCGGAGGACGAGGAGCCCCCCCAGUGCUGUCCUAACACCACAGACACCGCCUCCCCCCGAGUGGUGCCGGAGAGCGACCUGGAGGAGCCGGAUGUGUCCCCCAACGUCCCCGUGCUCCGAAAACGCCUCCCCACCUCCUCGACUUUGAGCUGCGCCAAUCUGGAUGUCGGGGGACCCAAAAAGCGCCGUUUAGACCCCAAAACGCCCCCAAAUCCUGGUGUUGAGCCCCGAAAUCGCUGCCUGAGCCCCGAGGAGGCGGUGGGUACAGAUGUGGAGCGGUGGAGGAGCAGCGACCCAACACUGGGCAUUGAGAGCGAUACGGACGACGAGGAGCACCCAAAAUCUGCUGUUCUUCACCCAAACCGCCACCAAUCCGCCCUCGAGAGAAGCGCUGACCCCGGUGUGGCUCAAAGAACCCAAAAUCCGGACGUGGGGGGCAGCAGAAAUGGGCGCUGGGUGCUCACGGUGGACAGUGACACCGACAAGGAGGAGGCUGAGCUCCUUCCGCCCGUCCGACGGCCAAAAAUACGACGAAAAGCCCCAAAUGCACCCCGAAGUGCCGUGACGGUGGGGGUGAAGAGCCCCCAGUCGGACCCCCGAGGUCCAAACAACGGAUUUCAGGUCUCCGUGGUGGGCAGCGAUACGGACGUGGAGGUGGGGAGCUCAGAUUUGGGGGUUGGAAGUUCCCAAAGCGGACAGUGGGUGCUCACGGUGGACAGUGACACGGAUGCGGAUGAAAGCGGAGCAGAUCCGGAUAUGGAACGGCCCCAAAACCAUCAGAAUGUUCCAAAAGUAGGGCUGGAGACCCCAGGCCCACCUCCUGGGGGUCCUCGGGAGGAUCGUUUGGUGCUGAUGGUGGACAGCGAUACGGGCGUGGAGGACCGCGGGUUGGAUCCGGAUGUUCUGUGCUCCACCACCCAUCGGGUGACCCAAAAUGCACCAAACUCCCCCAGUUUUGUGGCUGAUGGUCCCCAAAAUGGACAACGGGCCCCAACAGUGGGCGGCGAUCCAGAUGUUGGCGGCCCACCAAGCGGAGACCCGGAUCCAGAGGUUGGGGGACCCAAAAUCAGGCAGCAGCUGCCUCUGGUCGACAGCGAUACAGAUGUGGAGGAGGACACUGCGUAUCCAAGGGACCCUGUGGGCACCCCAAAGCCCCUCCUUGGCGCAGGAGUGGUGAUGGAGACCCCAAAUCCUCAUCUUAAAGGAUCUCAGAGGGGAGGUCGGAACCUGGAGGUGGACAGUGACACAGAUGUGGAGGGAGAAGAGCUGCAUCCGGAUGUUCCUCACCCAAAAAAACCCCAAAUGCCUCAAAUCGCCCCAAAGGAUCCAGCUGUGGUGAUGGGAACCCUAAAUUCUGCCCUUAAAGGAUUUCAGGUUGGAUGUCAGAGCGUGGAGGUGGGCCGUGACACAGAUGUUGAAGAAGAGCUGAAUCCAGAUGUUCCUCACCUGAAAAAAAAACACGGAAUGCCCCAAAUCGCCCCAAAGAAUCCAGGUGUGGUGAUGGAGACCCCAAAUCCUGACCUUAAAGGACCUCGGGUUGGAGAUCAAAGCCUGGAGGUGGACAGCGACACAGAUGUUGAAGAAGAGCUGAGUCCAGAUGUUCCCCACCUGAAAAACCCCAAAACACCCCAAAGUGUCCUGAAGAAUCCAGCUGUGGUGAUGGAGACCCCAAAUCCUGACCCUAAAGGACCUCGGGUUGGAGCUCAGAGCCUGGAGGUGGACAGCGACACAGAUGUUGAAGAAGAGCUGAAUCCAGAUGUUUCUCACCCAAAAAACCCCAAAACGCCCCAAAUCACCCCAAAGGAUCCAGCUGUGGUGAUGGAGACCCCAAAUCCUGACCCUAAAGGACCUCAGGUUGGAGAUCGGAGCGUGGACGUGAGCAUUGACACAGAUGUUGAGGGUGAAGAGUCGAAUCCAGAUGUUCCUCACCCGGAAAACCCCAAAACGCCCCAAAUCACCCCAAAGGAUCCAGCUGUGGUGAUGGAGACCCCAAACCCAGACGUUGUUGCCCUGAACGGUGACAGUGACACCGACGUGGAGGACCUCGGUGGCGUCGAAGCCCCCCAAACCCACAAGGCAACGCAGAGAUUCAUCGAUUCGGAUGCCGUGGCUGCCUCCGCUCCAGAUGUUGCUCCAGAUGUGGCGGUGACCGCCCCAAAUCCAGCUGUUUCCCCUCCCUUGCGCCCUGAGGGUGGCAGUGACACCGAUGGGGAGGAGGUGGCUCCCACUCCCCACAUUCGGAGCCUCCGGAGCCGAAUCCGACCCCGAAAUCCAAAUGUUGGGAGCGCGGCGAUGAGCGGCGGUGCCGAUGUGGGGCAGAUGAACCCAAAACGUGGGAAAUCGACCCAAAAAAGGCAGAGUUUGCCCCCAGAACCGUGCGGUGAUGGAGGUGUGGGAGGAACCGCCCCAAAACGGCACAGUUCAGCCCCAGAUACAGAGAUGGAGAGCCCCAAACCCAGCGGUGGGACGCAGAGACACGGUGGGGAGACCUCGAGGGUGGGCAGUGGUACAGCUGCGGCUCCGGCCCCAAAAUCUCCGGAUCCAGCCCCAAAUUUGGGCCUCGCUGUUGAUGGGCAGCAUCGUCCCAAUGGGGACACGGAUGUGACAGAGAGUGACACCGAAGCUGAGGAUGACCCGGACCUCUUCCUCGCCUCCACGCAGAACUUCCUGCCCUCCACACAGAACUUCCUGCCCCCUACACAGAAUUUCCUACCACCCUCAACCCAAGGCUGCUGUCCCCCAGACCCAACCCCAGCUUGGGACCCCGAGGAGCCAACGCAGUGCUUCUAC